CUCGUAUCGGUCGGCCCUGUGCUUCAGAUAAGGCGCUUGCGCUCCGCUCUCGCCUUAGCUCAUUCUCGCAUCCUGUAUCCAAUUGUGACAGCUGAGAAUGUGGACCUGCCGAGAGCCCUGGCCCGAAUAGAAGAGACGAGAAGAAGGGCGAGGGUACCUCGAUGAAACACGAGGAAGAAUGAGAUUGUAUACGAAGAAAUCAGAGCAAGAAUGAGCAGGUCUUUACAUUCAGUAGGAGCAAAGCCUAGGCCCUGGCGGAUCUGCAAGUGUUGCUAUUCUUUCGAAGAGAAGGAGGUGAAUAACAUCGUGAAAGAUACACCUACGUCGACGAAUGGUGUCGGACAUUGUGAAGAAUUUUCUCCCGUUGAACACCCUUUGGAGCCUCCAGACAUCGACAAGCCAGUGCGCUGUCCACCUCCAGAACCGUGCAUUGUGCAUGAUGGGAGAAUUUGGAAGGAGAGAGUCGCAAUUGCCAGGAGAAGAAUGGAUAUGGUGAAAGACAAAGAUGGUGUCCCCGGUCGCCGACGAAAAGCGCUCUCCAGCGAACAUGUCAUACUCCCAUCACUCAGCGCCCCAGAACAUGUGAUUCUGAAAUAUUUGGAGUAGGAGUUUUAAUUUUUCAUAGUUUGCAAUUUCUUGUUAAUUCUUAUGGAUGGACGUCUUGACCAUCCGUUACGAAGGGGGCCUGCUGAGGAAACCCUGUGCACUGGGGUGUUUCAUGCAGAGAUUGUAUUAUAACACUAAAUGAUUUGCUAGUUGGGAGGGAGUUAUUUUUUCACUGAGAUUUAGAGUCCAGCUUCGGGGAUCUCAUUGUUGUAGUUAAGAGAAUUGGAAUCCUUACCAGAGCAAAUGCGCAGAGUUGCUGCCUCUUGUUCUGAUGUACAUACCUCCACUGCUGGCCCGAUUGUCACAUAAGUAUAAGGACAUUCUUUUUGGGUAAGAGUCUUCAUUUUGAUGUACACAUCUCGAAAGAGAAUGUUAAUUUUCCUUCGCCUUGAAGCUCAGGCAGAGGAUCUUUAAUUCAGCAUUCGGAACUUUCAGUCUUGUCA